AUGUCUGUUAUUGUACAUAGGCACAGAAUUAAAUUUGAUGCCUUUAGGUCAAAAGGAAUCCCGAAUCUCCAGCGUCACCAAAUCGGACGAGCCCUUGACUAUAAUAAUCUAGAUGAGAAUGGAAGGCCAGAUGUCAUUUAUUCUUGGAAUAGAAACAUCCACGACAAAGAUCUUGCAACCAAAACACAUUAUGUCAAACCAGUUUAUGAAGAGCGUGUUUCCAGCGCCGAAAUCCUCCGGUUAUCUGCAAAACAGCACUAUACCCAAGCAUACAAAGAUGGUCUAGAAUAUAUCAAAGCCGAGAAGGACUAUCGCGCUAAAGAACGCUAUCUGGAUAGCAUCACACCAUCUCGGCGAAACAAGACCGUCACAAUUGGGACAAGCACAUCGACGAGUGGCCUUCCCGUCCCCGACACGGAAGGUAGGGUGUAUAACUAUGAUGCGCAAACAACUGCGCAAACCGGCUUGAUGUUUGAAGCACCGGCUAACCUACAUGAAGUCCCAGAUUUGCCAAAGAAUGUGUCCGGUCAACGUGUCCACCCAGUUAUAAUCACGCACGAAAAAGAGAUCGUUGUUGAUAACCUUACUGGAGCAGCCCAAGUCAAAACCGGAAGUUCAUCUGUUCUUAAAGCACCUGUUGUAAGCAAUUCUCUUGAUUAUCAAGAGCCAAUGAUGCCCGGAUCGUUUCCUAAUAUGAUCGGAAAAGAUGAAGUUAAAAUUGAAAAUAACAUACCUCCGGAGAUCAAUAUUGGGAAUGAAAGAGCAGAAAACAAACCAGAAAUCGCUUUGACCACCAUCAGCGACCCGAAUAAGGUUGAGGAACUCUUAUCAAAAACACAAGUUACGAGUAAUCUCGUUCGAACCCCUGGAAAGACGCCUAUUGGAAAUGUGAGGAAAGAUCGUCGUUUUGAUCCGACCAAACGAAGAAUAAAGAACAGAUUAGAAGACUCACUAUUGCAAUCCACACUUAACAAGCAGGAAUUGGUAGGAUUUUCUGAUGGAAUUAACAUUGAGGUACACGAUGAUGGCGCAGCAAGACGGAGAUUGUCCGCACUCGCUAAAGAUAACACAAUCCCAUCACCAAGACCCCAAGCCCGAAUCGGUGCUCGCACUGAUGAGUUAGCCAUUAAUCCCGCUGUUAAACGAAAAGCGGAGGUUUCUCUAAGAAAGGAACCGUCAUCAAAGCGACGAAAGAUUGAUGAUGCAGACGAAAUUCAAUUAAUAGAUCCAAAAGUUUUGGAACGAUCUAGAAUGCAUCGAAUAGUUCAAGCAAAUGUUGGAGUUGAGACCAUUGUUGAUCCAGUGGCUUCCCGUGUUAAGAAACAAGAAAAAGCCUCAUUCUUGCGUCCUAUCGCAAAUCUACGCGGAAAGGAAAGAAUCGAUUAUGCGAUACCUCCAACAUUUACCGUCGCGGAUGUUGAACCUACUGUAAGCAUCCGAAAACGCCCUACAAAAACGCAACAAAUGCCCACUCGACCUGUCAAAAAGAAAAAGGAACCGGUCGAUUUCAAGUUGGAUGCUGAUAGCGACUAA